CCAAAACAAGUAAGAAUUAGGAAAGCGAAGGGGGAAUAAAGAGAGAGGGAGAGGAGAGAAAUCACAAGGCUCCAUUUACCCUUGCAUUGUAAGGCCCCUCUCAUUCUGUGCAGGGAAAGGGGGGGAAUUACCUUAAGUAUAGGGUAGGUGGCCUCAGAGGGGUGGGGAGGGGGGUUGAUUGCUCUCAAUCAGAAAGUUUGAUGAUGACCAUGACUACGAUGGCUGACGGCUUGGAAGCUCAGGACUCGUCCAAGUCUGCCUUUAUGGAGUUUGGUCAGCAGUCCCACUCCCAGCAGAGCUCCCCAGCCAUGGCAGCCAGUCACUACCCUCUGCACUGCCUGCACUCCGGCUCCCACCCUCACCACCACCACCAGCACGACAGCUCGUCAUACACCGGCAGCAACUCGUACAACCGAUCGCUGGCCGCCUACCCCUACAUGAGCCACUCUCAGCACAGCCCUUACCUGCAGUCCUACAACAGCAGCGGCAACGGCACCGCAACCCAGACCCGGGCCGAGGAUCCAGAUCAACAAAAAACGACAGUAAUUGAAAAUGGUGAAAUCAGGUUUAAUGGGAAAGGGAAAAAGAUUCGUAAACCCAGGACUAUAUAUUCCAGCCUUCAGCUCCAGGCAUUAAACCAUCGCUUUCAGCAAACCCAGUAUCUAGCACUACCAGAAAGGGCAGAGCUGGCUGCAUCACUAGGACUAACUCAGACACAGGUGAAGAUCUGGUUCCAGAAUAAAAGGUCCAAAUACAAGAAGCUCCUGAAACAAGGCAGUAAUCCGCACGAAAGUGACCCAUUACCGGGAACAGCUGCCCUUUCUCCGCGAUCACCAGCAAUUCCCCCUGUCUGGGACGUUUCAGGAUCUGCCAAGGGUGUUAAUAUGCCUCCAAACAGCUAUAUGCCUGGUUAUUCUCACUGGUACUCAUCCCCACAUCAAGACACAAUGCAGAGAUCACAAAUGAUGUGAAGCUUCCGGAUGCGUUUUUUGUUUUGUGAAAGACUUUAGUGGAUACAGUACCCCGCCUACCAGUCAUGCCAAACGGUUGAACUUCUAACAGUGGUGCAUAAUCCACGCUUUUGAGAAACCUCAGCGAUAUGACUUGAAUUUUCAGUGUCCCAAAUUCUGGCGCACAUAACACACCUUUUUUUGAGGGUGAUCACUUUUGGACCCAAGGGCAAAAAAAAAAAUCGAAUAAGGGCAGUGAAGGCAUUGCAAAGAUUCCAUGCAUUACAACCACACGAGCAGCGCAGCAAUAUUCCCAGAUCCACUAGGCUGCGAACUGAAAAAGCAGUGGCUAGAAGGAAAUGAGUACAAUGGACUCAAAUCGAGUAUUAUCUGGUGUUCUGCUUGGAAAUGGAGGUGCAUGUCUUAUCACAGGGGACACAAAGACUGUGAAUGGAGAGAGAGUGAAGAAUCAGCUGAGGAACCGGCUGGUGUUUAGCUGCCUCAUUGGAAAGCUAUAGGGACGUUUGUAUUAAAAUGUAUGUAUAUAUUGUUGAAUUUUAGUUGUAUAUACUUUGUAUGUAAUUGUCUUUCAUAAAUGGAAAAAACAAGCAUUCCCGAAAA